UGUAGUAAAUAAAUUGAGUUCAAAAAAGAUAAAAGAUACAGAUUUGUUUAUGAAGACAUGAAUCGUGGAAAAAUCGCUUUCGGUAAAAUAAACUUAAAUCUGAGCACAAUUGGUGUAGAUGAAGUCCAACAACCCCAAAAUGCUGAUGCUAGUGGCUCCACAGGGUUUAAGAAAAUAGACAAUGCUAAGCUAAUGCAGCGCUUGGAUGAAGUUUCAGAUGAUCUAGAAAGCCAACACAUAAAAGAUAUAAUGGGCAUAAGUGGUUUUGGUAAAAAAUCAGCAAAAUCAUUUGAUAUUAAUGAACAAAUCGCAAAAGCACGUAAAAUAGCGCAAGUCAAAAGUGUUGAACAAGAAAUACAACACGAAGAAGAUAGUGAAUCUGACAACGAAAUAAUAGGACCUAUGCCUACGGCUUUCAAGGAACAAAAAGAUGCACCCAAAUUUGCAACCGAAAAUGAUGAAGACAGUGACGAAAAUGAAGGUGAAGAUGAUGAGGAGGAUGAUGAGAAAAUGUUAGAACGUAGAAUUCCAAAUACACAUGAAGUACAAAUGCAACAUGGGUCGCGUGCGGUGUUAGCACUGGCUGGUGAUCCAUCCGGGGCACGCAUGGUCUCUGGUUCAAUAGACUACGAUAUGUGCUUUUGGGACUUCGCUGGAAUGGAUGCCUCAAUGCAUAGUUUUCGUAACUUGCAACCUUGUGAAAAUUAUCCAAUUCGUGGACUUAACUACUCUGUUACUGGCGAUAUGAUACUAGUUGUUUCUGGUAACUCACAAGCAAAAGUUUUAGAUCGUGAUGGUUUCGAAAAAAUGGAAUGUGUUAAAGGUGAUCAAUACAUAAGCGAUAUGGCGCGUACAAAAGGCCAUACCGCACAGUUAACAUCCGGCUGCUGGCAUCCAUUCACAAAAGAGGAAUUUCUUACAGCAGCAUUAGAUGGUACAUUACGUAUUUGGCAAGGGUUAAGAGUGAAGGAACAAAAGUCUGUAAUUAAAACUAGGGCCGUAGGUGGUUUGCGUACAACACCGUCUGCAUGUGCUUACAAUAAAGAUGCCACACUUAUUGCAGCUGGAUGUACAGAUGGGUCCAUACAAGCGUGGGACACAAGAAAAAUGUUCGUUAAUACAACACUUUGCUUAAGAAAGGCGCAUCAGAAAGAUGUUGAAAUAACAUCAAUCGUAUUUUCUUAUUUAGGCAACCAAAUCGCUACACGUUCCAAUGAUGAGACUAUGAAGCUUUGGGAUUUGAGAGCAUUGAAAGAACCUUUGCACACUUGGUCGAAUCUUUAUUCACGUUACGACACAACUGAUUGUUGCUUUAGUCCUGACGAUCGGAUACUUGUAACUGGAGAAUCCUUACCAAAAGGUCCACAAGUAGCCAAUCUCUACUUUUAUAGCACAAAAACAUUCGAGGAAGUGAAACGCAUACCCGUUGCAAAUUCACAUAUUAUUAAGACGCUGUGGCAUCCAAAGUUGAAUCAACUUUUUGUUAGUUGUGGAAAUGGCUUAGUGAAAUGUUACUAUGAUGAAAAACGCAGCAUUCGUGGUGCCAAGUUAUGUGUUGUCAAAACACAUCGUAAGAAAAAAUAUACAGAAAUGGGUGGAGUGUCUCAAAUUAUCACUCCUCAUGCAUUGCCCAUGUUUAGACAAGAGAAAUCGAAAUCAUCGCGUACAAAAUUGGAAAAGGAACGGUUGGAUCCAGUUAAGUCUCGACGACCAGAUUUACCUAUUACGAGCGGACAAGGGGGUCGAGUUGCAAGUUCUGGUGGUACAUUGUCAUCUUAUGUCAUACGGAAUUUAGGUUUAAGUAAACGCGUUGAUGAUGACCAGGAUCCACGCGAAGCAAUAUUGAAGUACGCUAAAGAGGCUGAAGAGAACCCCUAUUGGAUUGCCCCAGCAUAUAAAAAAACACAACCAACACCGAUUUUCUCUGAAUCUAAUAACAGUGGAGAACCACAAUCAAAAAAAUCUAAGGAUGAAUAAAGUAAAACAUUAUAAAAUUGGA